CGGAAGUGGCUCUGGGUCGCUUCCGGGGAGCUGGCCCCGCUUCCGGUGUGGCAGCGCCGCUGAGCUUCGCCUGGCCGCUAAGCACCAGACUACGCUCUGCAGUUGCAGCUGAGACCUUUCCUCUGGGCUGCUUGAUCAAAAAGGAGGAAGCAGCAAUGUCUGCCAUGGGGACUGCAGCUCCAUACCUGCAUUACCCUGGUGAUAGCCACAGUGGCCGGGUGAGUUUCCUGGGGGCCCAACUCCCCCCAGAAGUGGCAGCAAUGCCCCGGCUCCUGGGAGACCUGGACAGGGGCACAUUCAGAAAGUUGCUGAAGCUGGUGGUCAGCAGUCUACAGGGAGAGGACUGCCGGGAGGCUGUGCAGCGCCUCAGGGCUGGAGCAGACCUGUCGGAGGAACGUCUGGGGGUCCUCCUCGCCGGCACAAACACACUGCUCCAGCAGGCCAUCCGGCUGCCCCCAGCCAGCCUGAAGCCUGACGCCUUCAAGGACCAGCUCCAGGAGCUCUGCAUCCCGCAAGACCUGGUCACAGACUUGGCCAGUGUGGUGUUUGGGAGCCAGCGGCUUCUCCUCAACUCUGUGGCUGGGCAGCAGGGGGCCUGGCUGCCCCAUGUUGCCGGCAUGUGGUGGAGGGUGGACGUGGCAAUCUCCACCAGUGCCCUGGCCCGCUCCCUGCAGCCAAGUGUCCUGAUGCAGCUGAAGCUUUCAGAUGGGUCGGCAUUCCGCUUUGAGAUCCCAACAGCCAAGUUCCAGGAGCUGCGGUACAGCGUGGCCCUGGUCCUCAAGGAGAUGGCCGACCUGGAGAAGAGGUGUGAGCUCAAACUGCAGGACUGACUGUGCUUGCAACCCCAUUGCAGUCAUCUGGGGAGAGUUGGCGCCAACAGGUGUCCGCAAAUAAAGCCUGCCCUUCAGGAGGCAUUCCUGAGAUGUUUGAAUGUAAUCAUGUCAUUGGUCUGUUUAGUUGAGAAAGCUGGAUCUUCCCUUUUUAUUGGAAAUAAAGCAACUAUAACAAAGUGUC